CAGUCCUUCUUUGACAACGAAGUUUCUUCUCAGUCAAACAAAAUGGCGCCAUCGGACAAUGUAAUAGUUAUAGAAAAUGACGGCCAUUUUCAGUCGGAAAUGGUAAAAGCUGGCGCCAAACUGGUAGUUGUGGACUUUACAGCAUCCUGGUGUGGCCCAUGUAAAUCAAUUGCUCCAACUUUUGCAAAUUAUAGUACAAAUUAUGCAGCGGCAGUUUUUUUGAAAGUAGAUGUGGACAAAUGUGAUGACAUAGCAGCCAGGUACAAGGUGACUUCCAUGCCCACCUUCCUGUUUUUUAAGGGAAAGGUAAAGGUGGAUGAAAUGUCAGGAGCCGAUCCAAAGAAGCUGGAGGAAAAAAUAAUCAAAUGGAUUGGAGAUACUGAUAGUGACACUGGAGUUAAGGGACAUAUGGAUUUAGGAAUAUUUAUUAACAAGAGUGGAUGUGAGAGUUUAAAUGAAAGUGAUGACCACCAUUUGGCAGCUGCUUUGGCAAAGGGACCUGACUUUUUGGAAAGUGACUGUGAUGAACAGUUACUUGUAACAAUAGCCUUCAACCAAGCUGUGAAGGUACACUCACUCAAGAUACAAGGACCAGGAGAUGGUAGAGGACCAAAGACAAUCAAAUUGUUCAUUAACCUCACAAAAAGCAUGGAUUUUGACUCAGCAGAGAGCUUUGAAGCAGUGCAAACUCUUGAGUUAACAGAAGAAGAUUUAGCAGAAGAGGCGAUCACUCCACUGAAGUUUGUCAAGUUUCAAAAUGUCCGAAGCAUGACGUUAUUUUUCCAAAGCAACCAAGGCAAUGAAGAAACAACAGUUGUGGAGUAUAUUGGAUUUAUUGGAAGCCCUCUAGACUCAACAAAUAUGGAAGAAUUUAAAAGGGUGGCUGGGAAAAAAGGUGACAGACACUAACUUUACCUCAGAGCCUUUUUUAUUGGAAUGUUUCAGCAAAUGCCCAUCUGGAUGUGCUUAUCUGUGCAAUAGUCAAGUAGAAUGCCGUGUGAAAUUGUCUCUUACGCCAUCGCUAAACUUAAGUCACAUGAUAUCUAAAGCCUCACUGGAAACUUAUACAAAUUCACUGAUUACUGGUGCAUAUGGUUAAUGGAAAAUUACUUGUAAAGAAACUCUUUGCUAUUAAAAUAUUAGGUAUUGUUAUAGAAA